CGGCGCCGGGGCCCCCGCUCCUUUACGCGACGCGCCGUACGCACAGGAGCGCAUGAGGCUCACGCACUGACACGCACGGUGACCCGGUCCGGUCACACGCUCGGCUCGUCUACGCGGACAUAUUUGUCAAUAAAGUUUGAGCACGCGGCGGUUUUUAGAUGACGAUGACGGCUAAAACUUUGGACAAAGUUCCGGUGAGUCUCGGCGGGUUCGUGCACCCGGACCCAGUUUACUCGGUGGAUGAUCUGUCAACGUCCGUCACCAUCUUCCAGAACGCGGAUCUGGGAGCGCACUACGACCAGAUGACCGCGGCAGCAGAUGGCUUGGUGAGCGCAGACAUGAGUGCGGAGAAACGCUCCCUGGACUUCUCCUCUUACUCCGGCGGCUUCUCUCAGCCUCCGUCCCACCGGAACCAGACCUUCACCUACAUGGGGAAGUUCUCCAUCGACUCCCAGUACCCGGCCAGCUGGAAUCCUGAGGGAGUCAUCAAUAUCGUCUCAGCGGGAUUCCUCGGCAUGGCCCAGCCGGCGCCUCCUCCUCCUCCCUCCUCUUCAGCGUCCUCCUCCCCGGCUUCCUCAGAAUCUCCCAGUCACUUUUCCAGCGGAAAUUUGAGUUGCACCAUGGCGGCUCAGAACCAGGCAGAGAUGGACCACCAGCAUCACCUGUACUCCCCUCCGCCUCCUUACUCCUCCUCUGGAUGCGGGGAGGUCUACCAGGACCCCUCGGCGUUUCUGGCCACCUCCACCUGCCCCAUCGCCUCUUAUCCGCCGCCCUCCUACUCCUCCCCCAAACAGCCCGGCUCCUCAGACGCACCGGGAAUCUUUCCCAUCAUCCCCGACUACUCGGGCUUCUUCCAGCCCGCCUGUCAGCGGGACAUGCACACGGCGGGGAUGCAAGACCGGAAACCUUUCGGUCCUUGUCCCCUUGACACAUUCCGGGUGCCCCCGCCGCUGACCCCACUGAACACGAUCAGGAACUUUACGCUGGGGGGUCCCACUGGUACUGGGUCAGACGGAGGAGCACCGAGGAUGCCUUCUGCCUACAGCCCACAGAAUCUGCCCCUGAGGCCGAUCCUGCGACCCAGAAAAUACCCAAACAGACCCAGCAAGACGCCCAUCCACGAGCGUCCCUACCCCUGUCCGGCAGAGGGCUGCGACCGGCGCUUCUCCCGCUCCGACGAACUAACCAGACACAUCCGGAUCCACACGGGACACAAGCCGUUCCAGUGUCGAAUCUGCAUGCGGAACUUCAGCCGCAGCGACCACCUCACCACACACAUCCGGACGCACACCGGAGAGAAGCCGUUCGCGUGCGACUUCUGCGGCCGCAAGUUCGCCCGCAGUGACGAGCGCAAGAGACACACAAAGAUCCACCUGAGACAGAAGGAGAGGAAGUCCGCCGGCGCCUCCUCCGCGUCCAGCGGCUCCGGGAUGGAGCAGCCGGGACCCGUCAGCGGGAUCUGCUCCUAGUCUCCGCUUCGCUGUCACCAUGGCAGCGUGACGCACACUAACCCACGAGGAGCGCACCAAACGGCGGCCUGUGCGCAAUUACGCACAGCUCGAGGCAGCCGCGCGCACCGUGUACGGCGUGCACACAUUACAAUUAAUUCCUAACGAUGAACACGGCUGUAGUUUAUUUUUUUUUUUUAACAAUGCGCGCGCGCGCUGCGCAGUGCGUCAGUGUGAAUUACUGCGGUAACGUGUGUGCGGACGCGCACGGACUCGGAACGCUUCUGUAUAUUUGGAACACAUUUUAUUUUUGUACGUUUAUUGUUGUGUAACUCAAAGUGUUAACGAGUUGUGUUGUCACGUGUCACGCUGUGAAUUUGUUG